GCUGAUUAUUUUAAAUAUUUUACUUAUACUAAUCAGAUAUAAAUAAAAUAAAUAAAUACUGAUUUUUUGUUUAAUCAAUUCUUGAUUAUUGAACUACUAUUUUAAACCAUUAUAAAUAAUUAUUUAAAAGAUACGCCUGUGGGCCCGGCAUUCCGUCCAAGCAUAGUUAGUUAUACGCGUUGACUGGGUGGCGACUCUCUUCGGUGACUAUUCAUCCGGUUCGUCCAAUUUGAACUUAAAUCGCUGUGCCGCGCCAUCCAAAUCACUGUACAAAAACAACGGCAAAGCCCUCCCUCCUGUUAUCGAUUCCUUCCCGCUCGGCCACAUCUGAAUUCUGCAGCCUACAGAGAAAAUUCAUCGGUCCAAUCUACCGCCGGGAAAAUCAAAAAUUAAAAAACACAACAGUGAAUUUAAACGAAAAUGGUGCCGCCGCCGGUGAUACAAACUUACCCUCUUUCAAGCUACAGUUUUAAAGAGAAAGAGACGAAAAUAGGGAAAGAUAGUUCCGUCGAAGAUCGCCUUGCCCGCAUGAAACUCAACUACAUGCAGGAAGGUAUGCGGAUUAGUGUGGAGGGAAUUUUAUUGAUACAAGAGCACAACUUUCCACACGUUCUUCUUUUCGAAAUCGAAGACACAUUCUAUAAACUUCCAGGUGGCAAAUUAAAGCCAGGAGAGCCCGAAAUCGAGGGCUUGAGAAGAAAACUAUCUAGCAAACUUGCUGCCACUUCACCUUCUCUUCAUCCAGAUUGGCAGAUCGGUGAGUGUGUAGGUAUGUGGUGGCAACCGAGUUUCGAAGAUGUGAUGUACCCUUAUUGCCCCACACACAUAACAAAGCCUAAGGAAUGCAAGAAACUAUUCGUUGUUCACAUGCCCGAACGAGGGAAUUUUGCUGUGCCAAAGAACGUGAAUUUACUUGCUGUUCCGUUGUUUGAACUACACAGCAAUCGUCAGAAAUAUGGAACUAUUGCAUCUGCCAUCCCUCUGCAGCUUUCGCGGUUUAAGUUCAACUAUAACAACCCGCAGAAUAUUCUCCCGUAAAAUUCAGA